CAUACACCGGGAAUUUUCCGGAAAUGCUGAGCUCAUGUUCGAACUUCGAAGCAUCAUGAAAGAUGGCGAAUUUUGACACAAUAUUUCAUGACAAUAGUUCAGAGGAUGACACAGAAAAUACUCAAAUAUCGCUCGAAUAUUCUCAAACUGUACCCGAAGCUAUAGUUAUCCGAGGCGUAGGACAUAUGACAAUGUAAGUUAUUAUUAUUACGCCCUGAUUAGAGGGUUAUAGAUUUUGUUACAUAGAUGAAUGAGUCAUGAGUGGGAAAUUAUAAAUACGAGACAAUGGUUAUUAUGGUUACUAUAUAAAUAGACUUUCCUUUGUCAUUAGAGACACACGAAAAUUAUUUUGAUUUACCUUGUUUUUUCUUUAGUUUUGGGUUAAACUGUAAAUACAAUACAGAAUUCCCAUCUGGGCUUCAUGCCAAGGUCAGUCCGUAUAAGUCAUUAAUAAAUAUACCAAUAGUUAUCAGGGCCUGUUUAUAUGAUCCCGCCUUGACCCGCUAGGCAGGAUGAACUUUGCUUUCUGAGUAAAUCCUUUCCUGCCAAGGUGGGAUCAUAUAAACAGCACUUAUAAUUUGUAACUUUCUACAUUUUGAUUUCAAUACUGUAUUAGUGGCACUCAAUAAAUGUUUGAGUGAUCACAAAAUAUUCUACACCAUGAGAGCAAACAUGUCAUUGAGGGCAAUAAAUAAAACAUUCAAUGAUGUCCUGUUGACAAGUAAAAUCAUCUGGUAUUAGAUGGAGUAAGAGGGUGGUGGGACAUGUAACAAAGUAUUAGCCAAGGGCUAAUUAAUAGGAUGUAUCGAAGCUUAAUGAGUUAAGUUAACAGAAGGCAUCACGAUAGAUGGUUUGCUUAAUAAAUUACCAAUCAACAUUUUGGCUAAUUAAUAGGAUGUAACGAGCUUAAUGAUGUUAACAGAGGCAUCACAAUAGAUGGUUUGCUUAAUAAAUUACCACUCUACAUUUUCCCUUUGAUGAGUAAAAUAUCUGGUGUUGGCAGAGUGAAAUGAUGAAAUUGGGCACAUGGGCUCAUUAUAAUGGCAUGGCAUGUAUUAAUUACAUUCUUGCUAAUAACAAAUAUCUGUAAAUUUGCAUGGGCAUACAGGCCUAAUCUUGUUUGGGGGGGCACAGUAUUAGUUUUCCCAACCGUCGCUAAUUAAUAUUUCUCCCUGAAAUUAUUGGGGGGAGAGGGGAGGUCACCAAAAAAUUUUCCCGGACAUACCAAAAAUUUUUUUCCUAAUAUCGCCUAAUUUUUGCAAACAUACGAAAAUUUUUCCGUACAUAUCAUUAUUGACAAAUAAUUUUCUCUAAUAUCACGUAAUUUUCACAAACAUACAAACUUUUUUUCAGGACAUGUCAUAAUUUUUCCGAAAUCUAUAUGUUUUGCCCGAAUUUCGCAUGGAUUUUUGCCAGACCAUAAAAAUUUGGGGGGGGGGGAGGCUUUCCCCCCUCCGGCCCAUAUGCCUAUGUAAAUUUGUGCUUGUUUUAUAAGUGCCACUGAAAUUUUUUAUGGUUAAAAUUUUCAGGUUGCUAAUGAAGAGUUUGAGAUGACAAUAAAUCAAGUGAAUAAAGUUUUAAAAAAAACAAUGACUGUCAAUGUUAGAUGGUGGUUAUGUGGAUGUAUAUGUUGUUGUUGUACACUAGGGAUGUCUUUAUGGCCUGUUGUUUGUCUCAAUAAAAGGGUAAUUUUCAGAUCUUAAAUACAAAACAAGAUAAUCUGUGGGACCUGUCUUAGGACUUUGCCAGGCAAGUAUUUCCUUCUGGCAAAAAGGAAAUAGACAAUGGAUUAGACAAAGUGAAAGAAUAUAAAAAGGGGGCAUAUGAACCUUUCCAAACCAAU